AUGAGUUUAUUGCAGAUUAAUACCGUCGAUCGGUUAGACCGGCCUAGCGCUUAUUAUGCUGGCAAGAACAAGCGCCGCAGAGAUCGUGAUGAUGAAAAGGAGCAGGAAGAUCCCAACUCCAAGCUCCACAAUGCGACAACACUCUACGUGGGUAACUUGUCUUUCUAUACAACAGAGGAACAGAUUCAUGAGCUCUUCUCCAAAUGCGGCGAAGUCAAGCGGUUGGUAAUGGGUCUUGACCGUUUCAAUAAAACACCCUGUGGGUUCUGCUUUGUCGAAUACUACAAUCAUCAAGAUGCUGUGGACUGCCUGAAGUACAUUGGAGGUACUAAGCUGGACGAGCGCAUUAUCCGGACUGACCUGGAUCCCGGCUUUGAGGAGGGUCGGCAAUAUGGACGUGGAAAAUCAGGUGGCCAAGUCCGUGACGAGUACCGUGAAGAAUACGAUCCCGGCCGAGGUGGCUACGGCCGUGCUUACGAUGAGCAGCGCGCACGAGAGGAAGAAGAAUAUGGUGCGGGACGAUAG